AUGAAGAAACGAUCGCUUUCCAUUCUGCCGCUGUUUGCAGCUGGUGUGUGUUUCGUGGUCUUGGUCUUUUCAGGCACCGCCUCGGCUCGAAUCCAUCAUCCAAAGUACAAGAAAGCUGGCCGCGAAAUUAUUCCUGGGCAAUAUGUGAUUGAAUUCAGUGACGGCCAGACCAACCAUGGUGAUACUUUGGUGCGUUCCAUCCGAAAGGAAUUCAAGCAUGCUGAUGUCAAGGUCAAGGAAAAAUACCACCACAGUUUGUUCAAUGGUGUGUCCUUUGAUAUCAAGGGCUUGAAUGAAGACGAUCAUCAAAAUGCAUUGAAGAGCAUCCUUGAUCAGGCCUCCGUCGCUUCCGUGUAUCCUGUCACUUACAUUGACCGUCCCGCUACCCAGCCCUUCUCGGUCAAGGCAGGCGAACCCUCCAUUCUUCCUCAUGCCAUGACUCAAGUUGAUCGCGUCCACAAGGAAUUGAAGAAUACCGGCAAAGGCAUCGUCGUUGGUAUCUUGGAUACCGGUAUUGAUUACAAGCAUCCUGCUCUCGGUGGCGGAUUUGGUCCCGGUUACAAGGUGGCUGUGGGUGCUGAUGUUGUAGGCGAUGACUACACUGCAGAAAACCCGGUGAUCAAGCCUAACCCGACUCCUUUGGAUGAAUGUGGUGCAUCUUCAGGUGCCACCGGUCACGGCACUCACGUCGCCGGUAUUAUUGGCGGUUAUGAUCCCAGUACGAACUUUACGGGUGUGGCUCCUGAUGCUACCCUGGGUAUGUGGCGUGUGUUUGGUUGCAAUGGCCGUACCGGAAACGACAUUAUUAUCAAGGCUCUCUUGAUGGCGUAUGAUGCUGGUUGCGAUAUCUUGUCCUUGAGUUUGGGCGACAACAGCGGCUGGUCCGAAGGCGCUGAAAACGUCGUCGCUGAACGUAUCGUGAAAAAGGGUGUUCCAGUUAUUGUGGCUGCCGGUAACGAUGGUGCCAGUGGUGUCUUCACUGUUGGCUCUCCCAGUACCGCUCCCGGUGUCAUGUCUGUUGCUUCUUUCGAUAAUGCUUACAUUUUGGUCAAACAAUUUACUGUGGGCGGUGACUCUGCUAAUCCCAUAUUGACACAUAGUGAUUAUUCUAUAGGCUAUAUUCCUGGCAGCAAGGAGACCAUGCCUGAUGGUGAACUGGUACUUGCUGACCCUAAUGGUAGCGGUGAAGGUUGCGACGCAAGCAAGGUUUCGGCUGAUGUAAAGGGCAAGCUUGCUUUGAUUAAACGUGGUACUUGUACCUUUGACGAAAAGGCUAUCAACGUUGCCAAGGCUGGCGCUAUUGGUGCUGUGAUCUACAACAGCGAUGGUGAUGCUUUCGGUAUGUCCAUGCCUACGGCACCUAUCCCUGCUGUCAGCGUGUCCUCCGGUACCGGUGCCAAGCUUAUUGGAGAGAUCAAGAAGGGCAAAACCGUCUUGACUUUCAAGAAGAAGGAUACUGUUCUUCCUUCUUCCACCGGCAACACUGUGUCUUCAUUCUCUUCUGUUGGCGCUUCGUAUGAAUUGCAUCUUCGACCUAACCUUGCUGGUAUCGGUGGCAAUGUCUUCUCUACGCUUCCUCGUUACCUUGGCAGCUGGGGUUCCAUGUCCGGUACUUCUAUGGCUACUCCUUACGUUUCCGGUACUUUGGCCCUUUAUCUUAACGCUCUUGGCAAGAAGAAGCAGAAGCCCGAGUACAUCACUGAACAGUUGCAAAACUACGCUUACAUUGCUCCCUACGCUAACGAUGUCAAGGAACUUGAUUCGCCUCUUCGUCAGGGUGCCGGUCUUGUGCAGAUCUAUGAUGCCAUCAAGCAGGACGUCCACAUUUCGCCUGCUCAGAUCAGCUUCAACGAUACCUCUUCCAGCCGCUACAAGACUCACACGUUGACCAUCACUAACCAUGGUCAUUCCACGAUUACUUACCAGGUCAUCAAUAACGUUUCCACGGCUAUUGCUCCCUACGAUUUGAAGAAAUCGGGCUAUGCUCCUGUCGAACCCACCGUCAACGUCAAGGCUGCUGCUAAGCUUCGCGUGUCCAGCAAUCACAUUCGUGUUCCUCCUCGUUCAUCCAAGAAGGUGCGCGUGACCGUGAUCCCUCCUCGCACCGAUCCCAAGGAACACAUCAUGUAUGGUGGUUUCGUUCAGUUCAAGGCCCUUCACAACCGCCACAACAACAAGGAUAUCACCGUGCCUUACUUUGGUGUGGUCGGUGACCAACGCGAACUUCCCAUCUUUGAUGACUCGCCCUACCUUUCUGAUAUCACCGGCUCCAAUAUCUAUGGCAAGAAUGAAACGUUCGUCUUUGAUCCCAAGGACGAAAACACCACUCCUUACAUUUUGUUCCGUCUGUUGACCCCUACCGCUCGUAUCGAUGCCGAACUGUUGGAUCAUAAGAACAAGGUCAUCGGUUACGCUUUCAAUGGUCUCGAAUACCUCCCUCGCAACACGAUGAACCCUGAAAACUAUAUGAACGUUAUCGGCUGGUCCGGUACCUACGUGCCCAAGCAUCCUUCGAACGCUCCCUUUGCUGUGCCCGUUCCACCUGGUACCUACCGCUUCCGCUGGAGAGCCCUCAAGUUGCUCGGCAACCCCCACAAACACCGUGAUUACGAAGUCUGGGAAUCCGGACCUAUUAAAGUUGUCUAA